UACUUAGCCGAUCGCUCAGUCGCUAAGCUACGGUCGCGCAGUGAGGUGUAUGUCGUUGUGAUAAAGCUGAGCGCAGACUAUACGUCAAAGAAGUAGGAUGGUCGUGCUCUAAUUACAUGAGCCUCUUCCAUAAUCGUUCUGGGGACAAUCAAAUGAAAACCUGUUAAGGGUAAAUUAAGAAACGAAACGAAAUAUCGUAGUUCCUCGGGAGCAAAACGUGCAAAACAUGAAUCUGAAACUUCGUACGAACGAGUUUGUAACUGUGAUAACUUUAGUGAUUAAUUGGAGGAGUUCACUCGCUGUAUCGCAAAAUAUGGAGGAAUCUGUGAGGGUCAAUAGGCCGAUAGCGAGGACUGAUAACGCACAGCCUUGGGUGAAAUUCUCUUCAGAUUACGUGAGGUGUUUCUGCAACUUGCCCUCGUGCGUGCACACGGGUUACAUGUGCAAAUCGAACGGAGCAGGAUGCUUCUCCGACCUAUGGGAGGUCCCUGGUCUUCCCACAGGAUACAGAGGGAGGCACGGAUGUUUGGAACUCAUAAACACGAGAGAAAAACAAUGUACGAGCAACGUGGAAGAAAUACAGGUUUUGCCGAAACAGACAACUUCGUCCAAGCAGUACAUACACUGUUGCUAUCAGGAUAUGUGCAAUCACAUGGACAGCCCUCAAACGAAAUUCCUCAUCAACAGCACAUUUCACGGUACCACCGUAAGGAGGGAGAACAUGAAUAACCACAGGCCGAACGGCUACUCCAAUUCGGAGGUUUGGUUCAGGGCUGCCACAAUAGCAGUACCGAUUUGUGGGGCUGUCAUUCUCUUCGCACUUAUCGCAUUGGCCAUGAGGAUCCUGAGAAAUGAGAGACACAACACUCUCAAUUAUAAGCUUGGACCUUCCAUGUACAUCCCUCACGUACCAGCGAGAGAAAAAUACUGCUACCAUCAUUACGAUUACCUAAAAAAACAGAUACCGAGAGCGCACAACCCUAUAUACAGACCGACCACAGUCGAGAUGAUCCAUCAUCAGAGACAUGUCGAAUCUCCGUUAUUGGUUCAAAACGAAAUAUCCAUCCAGAACAAAUGCAAGAAUGAAACGAACGCAAAAUUGAACCAGUUGCAUUGUGAUCCGCUGAACGAAUAUCUGAGCACGGAGGGAAAAUCCAUCAUAUUGGAUAUAGAGAAGGUGUGCACUAAAGAACCUCAGAACGAUAUCAACAAGAAUAUCAACGAGGAAGAGAAAUUUUCCGAUAUAAAAUACGGAGACAAGAAUUUCAAGAAGAGUAGUCCAAAUGUAUAGAUAUAUCCCAUAUUAUUAAUAUAUUGUUAUUCAUUAAAAAUUAGAUGAAUUAAGAGUUGCCAAUCAAUUCUUACUGUAAAAUAGAAAUUAGUAAGACGAAAGGGACUUAUUUCACUUACUAGGCUGUGAAUAUUUUUGUAAACUGCCAUUGUUUUGUUAUUGAGAACAUCAGAUUCUGAAAAUUUGAUAAUUUGUGAUUUUUGGGUUCCGCCAGAUGGAGCCCCGAUUACUAACAAGAAUAUUGACUGCUCAAUUCAGUUUUUGUAAAUACUAACCGUUUUUUUAUUCUGUAAAAAUAUCUCGUGAAUCUAGAUCUGUAUAGUUAUUAUGUAUGUAAUAAUAAUCUUUCUGUAAUGAAGGUGACUUCAAUGUAAAUUUCUCGAUAUUAUUUAUUACCUAUUCAUUCCUGUUCAUUUAUCUUAUUUCAGUAUAGACGACAUUUUUCAAAUUGUACUAUUAAAAUAAAUAAGUGAAUAUAA